AUGGAAUAAUAACACAAAGGUAGUAAGUUAAGUAUUUAUUAUGAGUAAUUACCGAACCUGGAGAAACUAAUACAAGUAGUCAACAGUUUUUUAGUACAAAUACUCUAUUUUUAAACAAUGUUGGAUUGAGUACAAAUAUCUCAUCGAGUACUUUGAGACAUACAGCCCCUUAGAUCUCAUUUCCUAAGGCAAAUAGAUUUCAUACUCAAUCUCAAUUUCAAUUACCAACCAAAUUAGAAUUACCAUCACAAUUAGGAAAAAGGUUGUAAUCAUAAAAUUUAUCUUUAUUUCAGAUACACACAAUAAGGUUUCGGUAAUAAGAAAGUGUUUCAAUAUGAAUGGCAAAAAGUUAAUGCCAAAGAAUUCCCAAGUCCUGAUAGAUAUAGAGUCAGAUAAGAUCCUGGAAUAGAUUAAUUGAAAAGAUCAUUCGGAUUGUCUUGGGAAGCUUACUCAAAGACUUAUCUUCCAUAUAAUAAACAUUAAGCUCCUGAGGUUGCUAAAUUCUUGCCAGGUAUAAUUCUUAUUAAUUUGAGGUCCUGGAGAAUAUAAUGUACGUUAAGAUCUAGGACAACAUAGAUAUUAAUUUUAGUUGAAAGGCAAAGGGAAGAUGUUUAAUGAUUAGAGAGAGAAUGGUGUUCCAGGACCUGAAACCUAUUAACCUUAAAUAUCAUUGACUGUUCCUAAUCGAUUUUCAGUAAAGAAUUAUAUACAAAUGAAUUUAGAAAAUAUCAUAGGGAAUAGGAGUAAAAAAGAAUCCAUUUUAAUCUAUGAGUUUUACUCCAGGUCCAGGAAGAUAUGAAUAGAAUUCUGCAUUUGAUAAAGUAUCUAAAAAAAGAGAAUUCAUAACAAAACCAGGAGAAAAAAGACCAUUUAUAUGA